CUCCUUUCUCCCUCCGCCUGCCUGACCGCAGCAUCUCCUCCCGCUCAGGCAGGAGCGACAGCCCUGUGUUUUCCUCCAGGUCCAGCUGUGGGUGUGUGGGUGUGUGUGCGUGUAUGAGAGUGAGUGUCAGCGGAGGAGAUCAGCUGCUAUCCAUGCUCUCUUCCUAAUGUCACAGUUUAACUCAGCUGCUUGAAACACCGGCUGCGGCUAUGGGAGCGUUUGGACUGAUGAUGAGGAUUUUACAGUACGCGGGACUUUACGUUCAACUUAACGCGGGUCUGCGUGACGGAUAUGUAAAGGUGGAUAAUCGCGUCUCUGGAAAUGCUCUGUUUACGGAGGUCCCUCGUGACGUUACGACACAGAUCGGUGAAGACGUGGAGAUGGCUUGCUCCUUCCAUGGGGCGGGCUCUCCCUCAUUCUCCCUGGAGAUCCAGUGGUGGUACAUCAAGAACCACAAAGACUCUCAAGGGCUGGCCUCACAAAUCUCUAACACAGUUGGGACUCUCGAGGAAAUGCCGAAAGAUGCCACCAAAAUUAGUGUGGUAAAAGUGGCCGGCAGCAACAUCUCCCACAAACUCCGUCUCUCCGGUGUGAAACCAGCAGACGAGGGCACGUACGAGUGCCACGUCAUCGACCACAGCGGCCCUGUGGAGCAGCGCUACCGUGUCCAGGCCUACCUCCGAGUGGAGCCGGACAGGCUUCAGGAGUCUGACGACGCUCAGCUGCAGGAACUCGAACACCCCUCAAGGGGGAGCCGCUUGCAGCAGAACAACGACCGGGAACUGAGGAAGAGAUCAGCUCACACUAUUCCUGACUGCAGGGGGCGCUGUGUCCUUUAGAGUGGGAAUUGUGUCUGUCUGCAUGUUCCUCUGUUAGAACGUGUGUGUUGGUUACCACACUAGUGGCUCUUUAUUUCUUGAAGGAUAUUCUGUGCUUAAUGAUCUUAUCUUGUUGCUUGGAAGCCAGUGUUGGUGGAUGUUAUUUAAAGGGUUUUGUGUACCAGUACAUUUUUUGUUCUUGUUGUUCUUUUUU